UAUCCUCGACCUUAACAUCCGCUGAUCCGGCCUUGAAGUGUUUAGAUACUUUACAAGAUAGUAUUCUGUCUUGUAUUUGGCUUGAUCCCCCGACAGCGGAGUGGUGAUUGACCGCGGAGAACACUUCUAUUCACCCCAGUCCUACAAUUCAAGCCCUCCACUUUUCGCGGCGACCCAACAAUCAUCCUAUUAUCCAGUGAAGCUACGUCUGAUACAAUAAGAUGGAGAUUUGAAACACGCUGCAUCGUGAAAUGGUCUCAAUCCAUGGCUUCUUUGUGUAUCCGCUCAGCGACUAGAACAAUCGACUCUACUUCCGGCCUCAACUCUCGAUUCACAAGCGACCCUCUUCCUCUUGUCGCAUUCCCGUAUAGCUCAUAGUUCUCUACGUCAGCAACGCUCUCUACGAACCAGUUAUCGCUACGUCAUAUAUUAUCCGUUCCUGCAAUGGCUACGGUGGCGUCUGUUUCACUCCUUUCGGAGGCCGAGUUUGGAUGUGAGCAUCUUGCAUCUGUACUCAUGCAAGAUGGGGUCGUCAAUAACCAGUUCAAGACCUCGUUCAUCAAAACGCAUAAUUCCCUCGGGCGUCGCGAUGCCUCGAGCAAAACCGCUUCUUCCGGCCUUCUGAAACCGAGGUAUACUUGUGUGACUUGCUCUGAGCCUUUUAUGAAUGGUGAUCGGAGAAUACACACAGAGAAAACUGGUCAUCAGUUUUACAUGGAAUCUCGAAGCCGCGCGCUAUUCUGCCAGGGCUGUGAGGACUUAGUAUAUGACCAUGGCCUUGAGCGUUCUAGAUCUUCUACACCUGAAAGUUCAUUAGAAGUCGCGAAGAGACGGCGGUUCAGUGACAGCUCGGCUGACGAGCUCUACGUCAAGAGCAACGCAAACAAACGCCCUUGUGCAAAGCAAGGUGUCAGGGGCCUCUUCAAUCUUGGCCAGACCUGCUAUCUUAAUGUCAUUCUGCAAACGAUGUUGCACGACCCCAUCCUCAAUACGUACUUUCUCGGCAACGGACACCAACCGCAUGAUUGCACAAUCAACGAUUGUAUUGGAUGUGCCGUUGCUGAAGCAUUCGCCGAUUUCAACACCAUCGACAAGCCAGAGGGCUUCGCUGCUCUGAAUCUCCUACUCGCCUCAUGGCGUGCAAGUCCGGCAUUGGCUGGAUAUCAGCAGCAAGACGCACAUGAGUAUUACCAGUUUCUCGUAGACAAGCUGCACGCUAGUGCUGAGGGGCAUCGGGAGGGCCAUGGAAAAGGUUGUCACUGCUUCUUUCACAGAACCUUUUACGGCAAACUUCGAAGCAGCGUUACCUGUGAUAAAUGCGGAAAUGUUACUAAGACUGAAGAUCCAAUUGUUGAUCUGAGUCUGGACGUGCAAGCGAAGAAACGGGUCAUGGGAGGAGGCGGCAGCGGACAUUCUACAGCCCCCACGCUCAGCGGGUGUUUAGAAAGCUUUACAUCUCCGGAGAAACUCAUGGCGGAUGUAUACAAUUGUGACGGGUGUGGAGGGACGCCUCAAAAGGCUACGAAACAGCUACAGAUCAAGAAACUUCCAGCCAUUCUGUGCAUGCAGUUAAAGCGCUUUGAGCACACUUUUGCUGUUUCUGAAAAGCUCGAAGGCCGUAUUGACUUUCCCUUAUCAAUCAAUAUGCUCCCUUACACGACAAAUCCAGACACCGCGGUUGACAAAUCCAGAUACAUUUACGACCUAUCAUCUGCCGUUGUCCACAAGGGGAAACUCGAGGCAGGUCAUUACUAUGUUUACUGUCGUCAAGGCGAGGAGUGGAUGCUCUUUAACGACGACCAAGUCACACCGGUUACCGAAGCCGAAGUCCUCGGCGUCGACGCCUACUUAUUGUUUUAUAACCUUCGGUGUCUAUCAACUGCUUCUCCAUAGCAGUUUCAUUCUCUGCCUGCAGUAGAAUGUGUUAUCAUAUGGUGGCUUUUCCUGCGCGGUUUUUCAGCGAUUCGGAGUUACUGGUUCGGUGUUUGGAUAUUUCAUCAUUUGCUUUUCAAUGACCUAAGGUGGCAUUUUAUAGCAUUCAUGCGUGCGAAGCUCUUAAGUAGAAUCAAAUAUAUGUCGAAGUACCUGUGAAGGGGCUGUCUUUUGCUGCAAACGGAAUAGUAUUUCGAGGAGCAUUAGGGUUUGGUCUCAAGCACAGGCCUCUACAUGUGGUCGAUGGUGUAACCGGAACAAGUACAACGAAAAAGCGUUUACAAAGCGAGAAGUGGUCUUUGUCAUGAUCAUGCCAUUA